ACUAGCGCCAGUAGGUCAAAUAUGAACUAAAAGUUGUUUUGAUGUGAAUGUUUUUCUGUGCUGGAAAAUGCUGUUUUAUUUUGAUAGUUUUUUGCAAAUUUUAGGUAGCACAUUGUUAGAUUUCUUUACGGAUCAGUUUAGCAAAGGUUUAUCUCGUAUUCUAAUUCCAAUUUGUGAGGAUUAUCCGCCAUUGGAGGUGGUUUUUCGCAGUGAGAACUUUGUGGUUGUGUUCAAGCCACCCAAUGUCAAGGAGGUGACUCUGUGGGCUACAGUUCAGGAACAAUUGGGAAAUGUUGGUGAUAGAGAGACACAAAAGGGUGUUUUCCGGAGAUGUUUUCAGGCUGAUGCAGGAUUUAGUGGUUUGUAUCCUGUUGGGGUGCACGAGGAAGGGAGUGAGAGUCUCAAAAAUACCCGGAGAUUGCACACAUACUAUGUGGCUAUUGUUAAGGGACUCAUGGAGCAGCUGGAGAUCCGUAUUGAUGCUCCAAUUGGGCGGGAUUUGCGAUACAAGUCACCUGUCGUGAGGAUGUGCACUUCAACGGAUUGGGAGCACUGCUACAGUCCCUGUGAUUGCACCACGCAGGUGAUUUUGGUGGAAACGGGAUAUUUCGAAGAGGAGUUCAGUAGUAAAAUUGUCUUGAAGUCUCUGCGUGGUGACAGAAAGCAUCAGUUUCGGGUGCAUCUGAAGGAAGUUGGGCAUCCAAUAAUUGGGGAUACUCUCUAUGAUGAUGUCAUGCAUCCAAGGAGUGAGCAUCUCAUGAUUGAACUAAUCAGGAUUAAGACAGAGGGCGAUGUGGAAAAAUUGAGGGUAGACCGAGAAGAUCCCUUUAUACUCAGCAAUCUCACUGGACGUUGGAGGAUUAAGGAGACCCUUUGCAGUCUGCAGGAUGCCCUCGGGAAACUCGAUUCACUGGAGGCUUUUUGAGAAAAAAACAAAAAAACCGUGCAAGAGUGUUCAGAAAAAGAAAUUGUAAAGAGUGUGGUAUUAUUUAUUGCAUGAAUGUUCCUUCCAUUAAAAUUCAUUUUGUCACUUCCUAACAAA